AUGACUAGUCCCGGGACAAAAGGGUCAUGGCUCUCCCAGCCGAUGGUGAAGAGUGUGCUGGUUUAUCGCAACGGGGACCCUUUCUGCCCAGGGCACCGCAUUGUCAUCAAUGAGAAGAAGAUGUCCAACUUUGAGGUCUUCCUGAAAGAGGUGACAGGCAGGGUGAAGGCACCCUUUGGAGCUGUGCAUAACAUCUAUACUCCCCGGAGCGGGCAUCGUGUCCGGCAGCUGGAGGAGCUUCAGAGCGGAGAACAGUAUGUGGCUGGUGGCAGGGAAGGCUUCAAGAAACUCAACUAUUUGGACAUUGGAGAAACAAAGAAGAAAAAUGCUGAAGUCAAUAACAAGGUCAAGCCGGUUACUCACAGUAGAAUCACUGUGUCAGCACGGUUUCGAAAAUCACUCCAGGAGCCCUACAUUAUUUUCCUGAUUGCUAAUGGAGACCUUAUUAGACCUGUAGUACGCCUCCUCAUUCCCAGGAAAACACUGAAUCAUUGGGAUCGUAUUCUCGAAAUGAUUACAGUAAAAGUUACCCUCAGAAGUGGAGCUGUUCAAAG